UGGAAAAAUAAAUCUUUUCAUCUAAUUUUAAUAUAGUUAAGUGUUAUUAUCAAGUGCAAUUUACAUGGAAAAUAUUUUAAUGAGUCUUUAAUUCGUGUGAUCAAGAUGAUAAUUGAAAACCCGGACGCCUUUAAAUCAUGGCUCACUUCCAUAUUGGAGCCUCUAUGCGACGCAGACCCCGCGGCGCUCGCCAAGUAUGUGUACGCAUUGGUUAAGAAGGACAAGCCGUUGGACGAGCUACGAGACGGCAUGCUCGACCAAUUGGACGUAUUCCUGCAGCAAGAAACGAAACCGUUCGUCGAAAUGCUAUUCAAAGCCCUGGAGAACAACGAGUAUGUGAAGAUGAUGGAGAAGAAACAGCCGUCUCCAACUCCUGAGCAGGAGGAGAAGGAACUGCCGGUUGAGGCUGAGAACCAUGUGGGCGCGAACGCUAGUGGGCCUGGAGCGGGCGCGGAGUCCCCCACGGCGGGGGGUGGUGGUGGUGGGGGGGUGCCGCGCGCGCGCUCCCCGCACGCGGGCGCGGCGCCGCGGCACCGCGUGGUGGUGUGCCGCACGGCCAAGGUGCCGCCGCCCCCGCCGAGGGAACAGACGCUCGUCAAGGUGUUACCAUUGACUGAACUCUUAGAAGAGCCGGUUGACCAGCCGCCUAGAAGGCGAGACCGUAGAGAAAAUAUGCGCGAUGACCGUCGCCGGCGCCGCUCGCGUUCCUGGGAGCGACGAGCGAGAGCGCGCCGACAUCCACGAGACAUUCGGGACCCGCGCGAACCCGAGCGGGACGACAGGCGACGCCCGCCGUCUAGAUCACCCUCGCCGCGCGGCCGCUUCCGAAACCGCAGUCCACCCGCCGUCCUAGACAGACCUAACACUAGAUCUAGAUCGCGAUCGCCAGUGCCCGUGCGAGAAAGAGAGCACGCGCAUGAGCGGGACAGGCUGCGUGUUCGCGAGUUAGAGCGAGACAGAAUGUCACGCGACCGAGAACACAGGGCCUCCAGAUCCAGAGACAGAGAGCGAUCGCGUGACCGGUCGCGCGACCGCUCACACUCGAUGUCUCCGGCGCGGGCGCGCGAGCCCGACCACUACAAGCGCCGCUGUCGAGACUUUGACGAAAAAGGAUACUGUAUGCGAGGUGACCUCUGCCAGUGGGACCACGGCGCUGACCCGGUAGUUCUAGAAGAUGCUGCGUUGACCUCCGUGCUGACCAUGCCCCCUGUAGUCCCAGAAUACAACCCGCUGACGCCUGACAUCUGGUGCGGCGCGGGGCCGGGCGUGGCGCCCUACCCGCCCUACCCGCCGCCCGCGCUGCCGUCGCGCGAGCUCAUCCCCAUCCCCAGAUUACACUCGGCACCGCCCGGGCCUCCGCCCUCGGGCCCCAUGCGGCCGCCGGCGCCCAACAAGAAGAACUUCGACUACAACCGCCUCGGCGGGAGAAUGCCACCUCGGGUACCGAACUCCGGUGCCAACUGCUCGCUGGAAGUGAAGAAGGUCCCUCGGGGGCUGAACGACAUCACGCAUCUGAACAACCACUUCGGCAAGUUCGGCAAAAUCGUCAACAUACAGGUUUGCUUCGAGGGUGACCCAGAGGGCGCUCUCAUCACAUUCUCGAACCACACAGAGGCUAACGUCGCGUACAAGAGCACAGAGGCUGUCCUCAACAACAGAUUCAUCAAGGUGUUUUGGCACAACCCAGAGAAUAAGCAAGAGAACUCAGCGCCGGCCGGCCAGCAACAGAAGCCUGCCAACAAACAACAACCGGCGUCACACAACAAAGUGCUCAUCAACAAGGAAAACAUGAAGGCCACCGCUGAUAAUAAGCAGGCUGCCGCCGCUGCCGCUGAAAAGGCGAAAGAAGCUAUAGCCAUAGCCAACGGAGGCGAAAAGAAGAAGGAGGCACUCAAACCAAUAGAAAAGAGCAAACAAGUGAUGGAAAUGCACAAACGCGCGCAGGCGUUGUUGGAGACGCAGCUACAGCAGCAGGUGUUGCUGAUUCAGCGGUUAGAGGGAGGCAACGUGACGGGCCCUCAGAGAGCAGCGUUGAUGGAAGCCAUCAACUCAGCCCAAGAAGGCAUAGAGAAGCUACGGAAAGAGCUGGUGGCGUACAACAGGACACUCAGACAGAUGCAGGAUGAGACGGUCGCGCGCUCCCUCUCGCGACUGCAACUGGCGCAGGCGAACGCUAAGAAACCAAAGACAAGAGAAGAGGCACAGAAGGAGAUUCUAGACGCCGAGCUGGACAUGUUCACCAAACAGCAGGAGGGGCAGGACGUGACAGACAUACAGAAGAAGAUCGCGGAUCUGCGCCGGCAGAUGGCGCUGCAGUUCCCCGCGCACCCCGCCAUGCGCCGCCCGCACUCCAGGGGCGGCCGGUUCAACAGCGCGUCUCGCUUUACGCGCGCGCCGCCAGCCUUCGUCAACCACAACCAGUCUGUGGAUCACCGGCCCAGAGCUCUUCUCAUCAGCGGCUUCGAAACUGACGACUCUGAGGCGCUUACACAGCACUUUGCGCAAUUCGGCGAGAUCGUCUCCAAGGAGCUGAACCCGACUGUCCCGGAACUGGUGUUAGUGUACUCGGCGCGUGCGCACGCCGAGUUAGCCGCGCAACAAGGACGACACUACAACGACCGCACGCUCACGAUCACGUGGGUGGCGAACCCGAAGACGUUCGCGGCGCCCGCGCGCGCGGCCGAGCCCGCGCCGCAGCCGCCGGCGGACGCGGACAACGGGCACGAGCAAUCGGUGGGCGCGACGGUGGACUCGCUGCUUCGUUUCGACGAUGAGGACGAGGAGGACGCCGACCGCUCCUGGCGCCGUUGACCGAGAGCCCUCUGGCGGGCCGCCAGGACACUCUAGUCUACAGUCUACUACACUUAGCCCUAACCUAGACGUACACCUUGUACCAUCACCUGCAAUAAUAUGUUACUCUUCAGAUACCUCAAAAAUUGGUGCCCGAUUGAUAUUCCGAAAUAAAAUACGCCGAUUUUCGGUACGCCGACAACGA